AUGAUUUUACGGAAACUCGGUGUGCGGCAGAGCCGCCAGCUUUUCGCCCUCAGUCGACGGGCUCCAGUCUCCAGUCGGUUUUUGUCCACCGAAACUUCAACCGAGACUGUCCAGACUCACCCGGAGGAACGGGCUGCCAAACCCGAGAAUCCUCUUCAAGAAGUCCUCGGAACACGGGUGCAGCGGUCGACGCCUGAGCAUCAAGAGCUGGGCGACUGGGCACAGCAAAGGAAAAACUUCCACAAACUUGGUAGUUCUGUGCAGGAAACCUACAACCCGGAAGGACUCCUCCGAAACCCACCCAAGCCGUCUGAUAUUACGCUAGAGAUGCUUCUUGCGGCGGGAACCCAUCUCGGACACUCGACCUCACGAUGGAACCCCCAGAACUCGCGCUACAUCUUCGGUAUCCGUGAGGGCGUGCACAUCAUUUCAUUGGACGUGACGGCGGCAUACCUGCGGCGCGCGGCUACGGUGGUCGAGCAGGUCGCUCUGGCCGGAGGGCUGAUACUCUUUGUUGGAACGCGCAAGGGCCAGAAGCGGGCGAUUGUCAAGGCCGCAGAGCUGGCCAAGGGCUACCACGUUUUCGAGCGGUGGGUGCCCGGCAGUCUCACCAACGCGCAACAGAUCCUGGCCCACUGCCGACGCAAGGUCGUGAACAAGUUCGAUGAGGAAAUGCCCGAGUUUGUCAACGACCUGGCCGAUCGCCCGGCACUCAGGCCUGACCUGGUGGUGUGCCUGAACCCGACUGAUAACAUUCCGCUCCUGCACGAGUGCGGUCUCAACACCGUCCCCACCGUUGGCAUCAUCGACACUGACGCCGACCCUACCCGUGUAACCUACCCGAUCCCUGCGAAUGACGAUAGCUUGCGUGCCACGACCCUGAUUGCCGGAAUCCUGGGCCGGGCGGGCGGGGCCGGACAGCAGAAACGCCUCCAGCUCGCGCGAAAAAACAUUGUGACAUAUCAGUAUAUGAGUGAAGAAGAUCUUCGCGCGGAUCCCCUCACAGGCAAGACCCCCGAAGAGGUUCGGGAGGAAAGAAAUUGA